GCAAAAGUUUGGCAUGCCUGAUCUACAUAUUUCAAUGUAGGUUAUGUGAUCCGUGGCUGACCCAGGAACACAGACCUAUAUUUGUGCCCAGGAAUUCGGAAGUUUAAGCUCUUCAUAAAAAAAGUCUCGGAAAUACUAAAUGGCGUGUAGCAACCAAGAAAUGGAAAGCCAUACAUACACGAUAAAUGGAUUUUAUAUCUAAUUAGAUUUAAUAUAGACUCUAGAUCCAGCAAAUUGAAAAAAAAAGAAUUGCGCAAUACAAUGACAACAAUGUCAGACCAGACAGAAACAUCGAGUCUAAAAGCGGCUAUUAGCAAGUUGAAUCAACUAGGUUUGCAUAUGUCCAUGACUGGCUACUUAUUUAAUGAAAAUGAUGUGAACAGUCUCCAUGAACUAAUAAAGGCCAUAAAUGACUUGGAAACUGAGCGAAGAAACAUGCAUGAGCAGUUGGAGACAGAAACUAUCAAAUCUAGUUUGCUGAGGUUUGACUUAAAGAAUUUGCCUGGAAAAAUCUGUGAUGAGAUCAUGAAGGCAGUAAAUAGUGCACGCCAGACUAAUUCAGAUUCCUUGGACAAUUUAAGAAAAAAGCUGGAUGAUAUAUUCUUGUACAUUAAAGAGUUUGAAUCAAAAACAGAGGAACUUGAAAGGCACAAUACUAUACUUCAGCCAGAAAAAGAAUUACUUCAUCAACAGCAUGAGGAGAUAAUUUCACAACUCAAUCAGAAAAUGGCAGACAAAGCGAUGAUGCAGAUUGCAUUGAAUGAGACAAGAGAUAAAGUGAGGCAAACUAAUCAGGAUAUUGAGGAUAUUGAAGAUGCUAUUCUUCAACUGAAAGAAGAUUUGAUUCAAGAAAGAACUGAUGCUAGACAGGAGAAAAAGCAGCUUAAACAAUCAGUAAUGGAAACACAACAAAAAACCAAAGAACAAAAAGAACAAAAUGUUGAGAAAAAAAAACAACUGGAUAAUCUACAAGAGCUAUUAAUGGACAGUGAAGGCAAAUUAGAAACUCUGAAGAAGAGCAUACGACGUUUUGAGACUUCUAAAAGUAAAUUAGAAGCUGAUGAGACAGCUUUACUAUCUCAGCUUGAUAAACAGCUGAAAAUGAAUGAGCAAGAAAGAAGAAGAGGGGCUGAAAUAAUUAAUGAAGGCCUUAAAGAAGAGCAAGAAUUUGACACCAAGGAAAGGAGCUUAUUAAAAAAGUUAAAAACAUUUAAAAAUGACAUAACUAAAGAAGUGGAGAAAAGUGAAACACUUCUACAAAGAAGAACACAGCUUCAGAAAGAUCUGUCAGAAAAGGAACAAAUUAAAGAAGAAGAAGAUGCUUAUGUUGCUACUUUGGACAGUCGUUUACAAAUGGCUAAGAAGGAAGUUUCUGAAAAAGCAGAAGAAGCUGGACGCAUGCAAGAGGAGAACAAGCAGAUGUCAGAAGAACUAAUAGAUCUUGAAGAAACUCAGAAAGUUGUAGUGAUUCAGCUAACCAAUCAAAUAGAAGAAUGUAAAGAUGUGUUGUCAAAUGAAAGGAAUCAGAGAAUAGAGCUGCAGCAGAACAAAGAUGAAGUCAGCAAAGUGCUACAAGAUCUCAAGGCAGAGCAGCAACACUUCAUGACAUCAGUGACAACAGCCAUUCAAGAGGGAAAGAAACAACAUGUGCAGCUGUCUAAUGAGGGUGUUCAGCUUCAGAAAGAGAUAGUUCAAGAUGAAGAUGCUAUACAGACAUUGCAUGGACAUUUUAAUGAGAGGCUAAGGGACACAACCUCUACAAUAAAUACUCUUCAUGAAAAAAUACAUAAAUAUGAGACUGAAGUGCAAGAAAUGGAAACAGACUUGCUCCAGAAGAAGGACAAAGUUUCAGAAAUGACUCCAAAGUUUCAUGAAUUGGAAGAGUUCACUCAGAGAAGGAGUGAUGAAUAUGACCAAGUCAAAAAAAGUAUUGUUGUGUUGAAAAAUAAAAAGUUAGGUCUUGAAGAUAUGAUCAAAAGAGCAACUAAAGCUAAAGAGGACCUGAAGCUACCACAGGAAAGUUUACUCAAGAAUAUGAAAAGCAAUCACUCCCUUGCACUGAUGCAGUUAAAGAAGCAAGGAGAAGAUACCAAAAACCUGGAACAUCAAAUAUACCUUGUUGGCUGCCAGAUAAAAAUUGUCAUGGAAGAAAACCAAAAAUUAGAAAAUGCUUGCACCAAUUUAGAACAAGAUUUAGCUGAAUUAAAAUGUAAAGUUGUAGAGAAUUUGGAAAAGAAAGAUGAAGCUGAAAAGGAUUUGAUGAAAUUAAAAAGUGAACUCAAUCAAAAGUGGCAAGAUGAUGUUCUAUUGCAACAGCUUUUUGCAACUCAGAGCCAGGCCACAGUGAAUUCAUUUAAUCACAUUUUACAAAGGAGUGAAAAGCGAGAACAUCAGAUUGAUCAAAUCACUCAACAGUUGCAAACAGAACUUGAGAGCCUGUCAGAAUUUUUAGAUACAAUAGUCAGACCAAGGCAAAAAUCUAAUUCAAUAUCAGGCAAGUAACUACAGCCAUCGCAGGAGAGAAACAGUUCUUUAUUUCCAAGUGGAAUAUCUGUGUAAAAACUUGACAAGUACUAACCUUAAAGCACUGAAAUAAAGCUUUAAAAACGUAUUGACAACUAUUGGCUGCAGUUCAUUGUUUUUUUUUUAGUAGUUUCUAUGGUUUUCAUUGGUUUAUUUUUAAUACAGUUUGUAUGUAGCAAUACUCUUAAAGCAGCUGAAUUUCAAAUUAUUUUUAAAGAAAGCAAGUAAAAUGAUUUGAAGUCAAAUCUCAACACAUUUUAUUAUCAAUUGUAAUGGUUGAAAUCAUGAACUAAUUGGAGCAAUAGUUUUAUGUAAAUAAAAAUAAUUACACAUGAACAUUGUAAUGUUACUAAGUAUCAAAAUGGAACAAUCAAAUGCAGACAUUUUAUCACAAGUUGUCUACCAUUAGAAAUAUUUGACCAUCCGUAAUGACCAUAUAAACCAUACAACUAAAUUUUUUCAAGGACAAAACUUUAAAAAGCUUCAAAAUUGAUUUACUUCUUCAGUAUAUUAAUUUAUUCUAUUGAGUUAUUGAUUAAAAUUGAUUUCAUAUUUUUACCUCCUCUUGGGUGUGUUUUAAUUUUUUUGAUUUGUAACAGUUACUUCAGUAAUCUCUAAAGUACAUAAUUACAUAUGGUUUUCCUCUUCAAAUCAAUAUGGUGAUGCGGCAAAAAACUAGUAUAUUAAAUGUUCUUUCUAAAAUAUUAAACCACAACUGAGAAAAGUAAAAACUUUGUGAAAAUUGUAAUUUCUUGAGUUUUUGUGUACAUUUACACUUGUGUGACUUUUUAAAACAUAUUAAUAUACUUGGUCAUUGUAAGAC